CGGCCAUCUUGCCGGUCACCAGUUCAGUGCCGGUUAAGGACUCACACACGCUUUCUUGUUAGAGCUGCUGCUAUUUGAGCUUGGAAAUGCCGGAAACCUGCUGUGCUGUUUGAUGUAGCAAUAGACGAGGCGAUAAACCAAAUAUUAGCUUCUAUAGAUUCCCGGCAAACAUCAAAAAACGCGAUAAAUGGAUCGCGGCGAUUCGUCGUGAACAAUGGAAACCUACGAUGUACACAAGGAUAUGCAAUGAACACUUCAUAUCAGAAAGGCAGCAAGCAGGGCCGUCCCGUGGCAUAGGCCGUAUAGGCAAAUGCUAAGGGCGCUGUCCAUCAGGGGGCGCCACGCCAGUGCCACAACUGUUGGAGAAAAAAAAAGAAGAAAAAUCCCCCCGCACGGUGCGCCCCCUCCCUUCAACACAAGAUGUCAAAACGGCCAAAACUGUCAGGUGCCCAGGGAAGAAAAAAGAGAAAAGAAGAGGAGGAGAAAUGAGAAAAAGACAGAGGUAGCAGGUGCAAAAAGCGAAGAUCCACUAUCCCCAGACUAUGUGCCAAGUAUAUUUGAGCAUACCCAGUCACCUCACAAACGAAAACUCAAAUGUUCAAUGAAGAUCUUUGAGAGAAGACAAAAUCUCAAGCAGCGUAAGAGAGACCGCGAGAGGGCAUUGGCAGCAGCAGCAGCACUUGUCAAUAUUUCCCAGUCUGUCCCUUGUGAAAAUGAUCAACUACCCGCUGGUGAAGAUGUGGUGCACGCUGAGAUUCGAAAAGAAGGCAUGGGGACUACUGCCACACAGACGGAUAUCACUGGGGAAGCAAUUGAUUCCCUCACUGCAGAGUGUAAUAAUCUGCGUGCAGAACUUGAUGAACCGAAGGACAGUUUGAAACGCUGUACAUGGAAUGAAGAAUCUUUCAAGGGUAAUGAUGACAAAGUAACGUUUUUGACUGGUCUGCCAUCAUACAUGAUUAUGAUGACAACUUUUAAUUUCAUUGCACCUCAUCUCAGUCAAAAUAUGAAGUUGAGUCCUUUUAGUCAAUUUCUUGUGACAUUACUCAGACUGAGGCUGAAUCUGUGCCUUUAGUACUUGGCUUACACAUAUGAUGUUUCCACUGCUAGUAUUUCCAGGAGUUUCAGAAGUGUCAUCCAUGUCAUGCAUGGUAUACUGGUUCCAACCCUAGUGGUUUGGCCUGAGCGUGAGCAGCUUAGACUGAGUUUACCAAUGUCCUUUCGUUCUAAAUUCAGCAAGUGUGCAUGCGUCAUUGAUUGUUUCGAGAUAUUCAUCGAGCGGCAGAGUGAUCUGAAAGCCAGGGCCCAAACUUAUUCAAACUACAAGUCUCACAAUACAAUGAAAUAUCUGAUUGGCAUUACUCCACAAGGUACCAUAUCGUUUAUCUUCAAGGGCUGGGGUGGUCGUGCCAGUGACAAGUUUGUUGUCGAACAAAGCGAUUUUCUGACCCAUCUACUGCCAGGCGAUCUGAUCUUGGCUGACAGGGGAUUCGAUGUCGGUGAUUCCAUUGGUUUGCACCAGACCAACCUCAAGAUACCCGCUUUUACUAAAGGUAAAAAACAGCUUAAUCCACUAGAUGUUGAGGGCACCAGAGGAUUAGCUGCUGUCCGUAUCCAUGUAGAGAGAGUUAUUGGACUCGCAAGACAAAAGUAUACCAUGAUGGAAAAUAUCAUACCCAUCUCUUUAUUGUCAUCUGAUGACAGUGGUUUCACAACAUUAGAUAAAAUUGUACAAGUGUCAUGCGCACUUACAAAUUUAUCCGACCCAAUUGUACCAUUUGAGUAAUGAUGUUGCAUCCAUAUUUUUUCUGUAAUAAAUACGAGGAAAGAAUCUUACAGAAACAACUUUUUCUGUU